AUGGGAAAAUCUGGAUCUGAACUAUCCUCUGGUGUCUACACUGUCAUAUUUUCCCUCCCUGACGACUUCCUGGACCGCAUGAUGGCCCAAGUCCCUGACUUUCAGGAUAUUGCUAAGUUUCUAGUUCUGAGUGGCAUUGUGGAGAAAGCCUAUGCUACAACAUGCUAUGAUUAUGUCAAUCAGUUUGGGGGGAGAGGAGGUUGGCAGUUCAUUGAGCAUCUAAUCGUAGCAUUGAAACAUGGUGAACACUACUGGGAAUUGGAUGCCCUUGAUGAGCCAGGGCUGAGAUACAAGGCAUAUUGCAAAAUUAUAGAUGGAUGA